ACACGCAUUCCUACAAUCGGACAAUCCUACUCCAAGCAUUGAGGGACACGGAGGCGGCGCCGUUCGGCACUGCACGCUCACGGGCUCGCGCAUUAGUGGAUACUCUCCCCCGGCGCCACGAAAUCGUCCGCUCUCACCACCUUCCAUCGGUCCCUCACGAUCUUGCCAAGAAUCCAAGAUCCGCCUGCGGUAGCUAGCGGUCCUAUCUUGAUCCGAUGGUGUCACCGACUCCGGGAGGGAAGGAUGCAAGGGAGGGUGGCGGCAAGGCGGAGUGGAUGAUCUACGCCUUCGUGGCGCGCGGCACCGCGGUGCUGGCGGAGUACACGGAGUUCACCGGCAACUUCCCCGCCAUCGCCGCGCAAUGCCUGCAGCGGCUACCCGCCGGGUCGUCCUCCGCCGGCACCGGCCCUGACGGCCGUGGCGAUGCGCCGGCACGGUUCAGCUACGCCUGUGACCGACACACAUUCAACUUCCUCUUGUACCGCGGCUACGCCUAUUGUGUAGUUGCGGAGGAAUCCGUUCCAAAGAAUGUCUCAGUGGCAUUUCUUGAAAGGUUAAAAGAUGACUUCAUGAAGAGAUAUGGUGGUGGUAAAGCUGACACAGCUCUUGCAAAAUGUCUAAAUAAAGAAUAUGGACAAGUUAUAAAGCAGCACAUUCAAUAUGUUCUUGAUCAUUCAGAGGAACUAGAUAAAAUGUUAAAAGUGCAAGCCCAAGUUUCAGAAGUGAAAAAUAUAAUGUUAGACAGCAUAGAAAAGACACUGGGCCGUGGAGAGAAAUUGAGUGAACUCCAAGACAAGACUUCUGAGCUACAUAUUCAGGCCCAGCAGUUCAAGAAACAGGGAGUGAAGAUUCGCAGGAAGACAUGGCUACAGAACAUGAAAAUUAAGUUGGUGAUUCUUGGAAUCCUUUUGCUCCUUGUAAUCAUAGUAUGGGUAUCUAUUUGUCAGGGCUUUGACUGCACCAAGCAUGAAACAUAAUAGAAAUGGGUUCUUUUAAAGGCUUCCUCAACAGCUCCUUCAAUAAAUCUAUUAAACGACGGGCUUCUCUGCUGGAUUCUCUAUAAAAAUAGGAAGAAGUCGUCUCGAGAAACCUAGCAAAGCUGAGAGCCCAAAAAAGAAGGCUUCUCUUGCGUCAUUCCCUUCCCCUGAAAAUAGAAAGAGUUAUGUUUCUAACCAAAUAAAGCACUCUUUCGGACUUCCUAAAAAUAAUGAGAAAGUUAUUUUCUCAUAUGAGAUA